CCCGGCCGCGGCCCCCGCGCUGCCGCCGCCGCCCACGGUGCUGAUGUCGGUGCGCGUGGCCCUGGAGCAGCCGCCCCGCCGCCCGCCGCCGCCCGCCGCCCUGCUCCGCCUGCAGCUCAGCCUGGAGCCCGCGCCCGCCGGGCAGCGCCGCUUCCGCCUCGGCCUGCGGCAGGCGGAGGAGGCCGGCGGCGCGAGCAUCGCCGAGUACGACCUCAAGGACAUUUCCUACACGGUGAAGAGCCCCACGUGCCACGAGCUGGUGGUCUUCGGCUCCCUGGACGAGCCGAUGGUGUUCAACUUCGAGGAGGAGCGGGAGGCGCAGAAGUGGUGGACGAUCGUCAGCAGCUCCCUGCGGGAGGUGCAGAAAGCCUCUGACAGCAGCAGCACGCUGGCGUCCCAGGCCUCGUCCCUGCCCGCGGCGGCCGGAGGCAGCUCUGCAGAUCGGGACCCGGAGGAAGCUUUGUUCUCGGAGCUCUCCAGGAAAGAGGACCUGGCGCUCCAGCUGGCGCAGGCGAUCGAGGACGGCGACGAGGAGGCGGCCGCGCAGUGCGCCGUGGCCCUGGCUCGCCAGCAGGCCACCCUCAGCAUCCUCCUGAAGGAGUCCAACUACCCCGCGGACGACAUCAGCAUGAACGUCGGCGUGGAGGAUGCGACAUCUUCUGCCAGCAUCGUCCUCAAGGUCCAGGCUCACACUACAAUAGCGACACUCAAGCAGCAGGUGUUCCAGGAUUACGGGUUCCACCCCCUGGUUCAGCGGUGGAUCAUCGGGCAGUGCCUGUGCGUGGAUGAACGGACAGUUUCCUCGUACGGCAUUCGCAGGGAUGGGGACACGGCCUUUCUGUACCUGCUCUCGGCGAAGAGGGCCGAGCUCACCCAGCAGCGCUACGAGGAGGACCAGGCACAGCUCCUGCUCAACUCCAUCGCCUCGCUCAGUGACAGCGCCGGUGCCGGGGAGCAGCGCAAAUACAACACCCUGCCCAGCAUGUCCCCCAAGAAAGCGUGGGGGAAUGACCCCAGCAGGAAGAUGGACAUCAGUGAAAUCAGCCAGCACCUGGACAUGAUGCAGAUCGGCGACCUUGUCAGUAACCAGCCACCGUCGGCUUCCGCUGCCGCCUCCCUGCCCUCGCCGGUGCAGGCGGGCUGGUCGUGCCCCAAGUGCACCUUCAUCAACAAGCCCACGCGGCCGGGCUGCGAGAUGUGCAGCACAGACCGCCCGGACGACUACGUGGUCCCCUGCAGCUACAAGCCCGACGAAACAGAGCUGUGGAGGAUCCAGCAGGAGCAGGAGGGGAUCCUGCAGUACCAACAGGUACCGGGGCCCGGGGAGCAGCCGCUCUCCCUGUGCCCCUGCUGG